AUGAGGCAGCUCUGGACCCUCCUGCUCCUGGCCGGGCUCUCGGGCCUGGCUGCCACCUUUCCCGUGGAUGAGCUGCCCGUGAACCCCCUGGAGCUUGGGGGGCCCGAGAGGAGCCCCCUGGAGAGAGGGGGGGCCCGAAAGGGUCCUGUGGGACCUGAGGAGCCUCAGGAGGGUCCUGUGGGACCUGAGGAGCCUCAGGAGAGUCCAGAGGAGGAAGAGGAGCCUGAAACCAGCCCUUUGGAGGAAGAAGAGCCUGAAACCAGUCCCUUGAAGGAAGAAGAGCCUGAAACGAGCCCUUUGAAGGAAGAGGAGUCUGAAGAGAGCUCAGAGGAGGAAGAAGAGCCUGAAACCAGUCCCUUGAAGGAAGAAGAGCCUGAAGAGAGCCCAGAGGAGGAAGAGGAGCCUGAAACGAGUCCUUUGGAGGAAGAAGAACCUGAGAAGAGUCCUUUGGAGGAAGAGGAGCCUGAAACAAGCCCUUUGAAGGAAGAGGAGCCUGAAGAGAGCCCAGAGGAGGAAGAGGAGCCUGAAACCAGUCCUUUGGAGGAAGAAGAGCCUGAAACCAGUCCUUUGGAGGAAGAAGAGCCUGAAACCAAGGAACCCGAGAAGAGUCCUUUGGAGGAAGAGGAGCCUGAGGAGAACCCAGAGGAGCCCGAGGAGCCUGGUGAGAGCUCCCUGGAGUUGGAGCUCUCCGGGGUGGAUCCAACCCUCCUCGCGGAGCUGGUGACCAGACUGCAAG